AUGAGUCUCGACAACGAGAAAGUCUCUGUCGUGAUCCUUGGAGAUGGCGGUGCAGGCAAAUCCUGUAUCACGAUGCGUCUUAUUCGUUCAAAAUGGGUUGAUGAAUAUGAUCCCACUAUUGAGGACUCCUAUACGACAACCCGUGUUGUGGACGGCAAACAUUAUCGUCUCGAUGUCAUUGACACAGCUGGCCAAGAAGAAUACCGUGAUAUGCUAGGCUCUCUCUUUUCAGCAGACUCUGCAAUAGAUGCGUACCUUCUCGUCUAUGAUAUUAGCUCACGAGCAUCUCUCGACAACCUCGAAGUUUUUGAUGAACUUAUCGAGAAGAACCUCGAAUCUGGACUGAGGCCGCGCGGUGCCCCAGCUCCAGUCAAGAUGGUGGCUGGCAACAAGUGUGAUUUGGCGGAGAGCCGCGCAGUCUCGUCAGCUGAAGGCCGCGCGUGGGCCCAGGCUCAUGGAUGUGGAUUUAUGGAAACAUCAGCAAAACUCAUGGUCAAUAUUGAAGAGAUUUUUGAGACGCUUAUUCGUCAGGUGAAUCGAAACAGAAUAGAAGCAGCUGGUGGUCAGGUACCACCAUUACCAGCAGAAGUUUCUUCUCAAAAACAGCAAGGUACAACUGAAAUUCAGCCCACAAAUAGUACCAGUAUUCCACAACCAACAUCAGCAAAUACAACCGCAGCCGCUCCCCUCUCAGCAAAUGUCGGAAAUGGUGCUUCAGAUAGCGUAGGCGGUGGUGGCUCUAUUACCCAAAAGUCAGCAGGUGCUGCUACAAACUCUGGCUCAACUGCCACUAAUGCAGGUGCUGCUACUGCUACAUCCCCAAAUGCGGCGGGGAAUACUACUGAUGGCAGCGGCGCAGGCGCGGCAGCCGCGGGAAAAGUCCCUGCGGCAACAGCGACCGCGAAACCUGCGCCCAUAAGAGGUGCCGCUACCCGUGUCAAUGAAAAGACGUCACCUGCAGAUGCAAAAGCUAAUGGAUGUUGUAUAAUUUCAUGA